AUGCCCAAUCUCCACAAAUUCAAGCUCCUAGCCACACAAUGUGCCAUCGCCGGCAGUCCCACCCGCAGUCCAACCACCAGUCCCGUAAUCCACCUCCGCCGUCGAAAAACCCUUCGCAUGUUCCUCACUCGCCCUAACGACCGACGCCGUUUCCAUCCUCCUCCCCUAGAUCCACCGGAAACUUCUCCCGACGAAGUCAAAGUCCGCCACAAACUUAAAGACCUAUUCGUCUCUUCUCCGUCUCCUCCACCUACACUCCAAGACGAGAAGAACAUCUGCCAACAGCAACAGCAACAUCAUCAGGACGAUCAGAAAGACGGACUCCUCUCUGGCUCCACCGUUGGCGUCAGAUUCCGAACUGGAUCUCCUUUCCGUAGAUCUUCCGCAGUCGCAGCUCUCCGGCCGGUGUCAUCGGCGUUCCGAUACAGGUUACUGAGAAGAGCUUGGCGGCCGGUACUUUUUACCAUCCCUGAGUAA